AUGCGCUCUUUCGGCCGCCAAAUCCGCAUUGUCGCUCGCCGCUCUUAUGCGGCACUCCGCCCACAUUGGCAAGGCGACGUCUAUGCAACGAAAGCGGGCUCUGUCAGCGAGUACACCUUCGUCGACGAAUCGAGUCAACUGGUCAAAGUUGAUCUCGACUCAAACCACACCUCCAAGUCUUCGUCGGAGUCAAGCUCUGCCUCGUCGAGUUCGUCAAGCCUGACGGUCAAUCCUGAGCCUACGGUCAAGUUCGCUCAUAUACACGCUGAGGACACCGCCAUCACUGCCACCGUCCCCGUAUGUCGCCGUAUAAUGGAUCCACCACCGAUUCUGGACGACUCGUCGGAUGGCCCACAUGCAGGGCCAGCUCUUGAUCCGCUCACCGGCCUCCAUUCACUCUCGCCACCGCCUUUUCACUCUCGAGCUCGCAAACAUGCCGCCGAGUCCGGUGACCCGGAGGACGCGUCGUGGAACGAGGACGCGUCAAAUGACUAUCAUCAUUGCACGGACGAGCUAUUGCGCUUUCCUUUCUGA